GGUAACGUUUACAAAGGUCUAGGAUGACGUCUGGGUGUAUUGACUGUGGCCAGCGUUAAAUCUACUUACUGCCGUUUGGAACGUGCUGCUGAACGUGCAAUCAGAUUUAAAGAGGAUUUUUCUAUUAAUUCGCAGCUCGUUGUGCUUCUUGUUUCAGAGGGAAGAGAAGCUGAGUUAAUCGUCUAAAUGGACGCAAUACUGAAUUACAGGUUGGAAGAUACUGAAGAUUACUACACGUUACUGGGAUGCGAUGAACUGUCUUCGGUUGAACAAAUCCUGGCAGAAUUUAAGAUGAGAGCCCUGGAAUGCCAUCCUGACAAGCAUCCUGAAAACUCCAAAGCUGUGGAGACUUUCCAGAAACUGCAGAAGGCAAAAGAGGUUCUGACCAACGAAGAGAGUCGAGCCCGCUAUGACCACUGGCGAAGGAGCCAGAUGUCGAUGCCCUUCCAGCAGUGGGAAGCUUUGAGUGACUCAGUGAAAACGUCAAUGCAUUGGGCUGUCAGAGGUAAAAAAGACCUGAUGCUGGAAGAAUCUGACCAGACUCAUACCAACAAGAUUGAAAAUGAGGACUGGAACAAGCAAAGAGAAAUAAACAAAGAGGAGAUGGGUUCAACCACAGAGAAAAUAGAGCAAAAAGACUCAGAGUCCCUGGAGAAGUCAUUCUCCCCACAAAAUCCAGAUUCCCCAGGUUUUUCAGAUGUGAACUGUUGGUACCUUCGUUUCUGCUGGUCUGGAGACGCUCCCUCUGAACUCCUGAGGAAGUUUAGAAACUACGAAAUAUGAAACGUCCCUGCACCAUGGAAGAGGGAGAGAGUAGACCAUCCUCUAGGCUGACAACAUAUAGUCUUUGUUCGUACCUAAAAAUUGCAUGUUUAUAUGUCCUGUUUCUUAAUUGUUGAGUACCAAUUGAUUCCUCUAUUCAUGAAAUUGUUCUCACAAUGUAUUUUUUAAAUGAGAAAACUUUCAGAAGAAUAGUUUCUUUCAAUAUUUGCAUAUAGUAAGACUCUU